AUGGAUCUUCUUCUUCCAAAAAUGGCAUUUGUGAAUCAGAUAUUAUUGAAGAAGAAGCUUGAGUUGGGAAUGGUGGGAGUGGUGCCAUAUGCAAUAGGAGGCACCAAGCCACCAGCACAAGUGAGUGGGAAUGAGGGAGAGAAUGUGGUUUCUCCACUGUGUAAAUGGUGGAGGAGGAGGGACACGAUCCAUAAUCAUCCCCUUUUGCCCAACUAUGUUAGAGUUUCUAUACUUGUUACCAUCAACCCCAACUAUCCAUUGCUUAUUCCUACUGAUGAGGCACAGAUGGUGGGGAAAGCAAUCAUUGCAUGGCCUAGUCGCCUUGUAAUAGUGGUAACACUAAAGCCAACAAAGGACCCAUUGCCUCCAAAGAAAAAGCUGAGAGGGAAGAGUAAGCUGAAAAGUAAGUUGGGCCAUAAUAAAGAGUCAACCAUAGUUUCGCAAUAUCCAGCAGCACCAGUGCCAGUUGUAGAAUACAAAUACCAUGUCUCUCUUGAGAUAUAUGCCAUGGCUACGAGGAUGGCUAGCCAAGUGGCGAUUGGGGAUAUCAUUAGUUUUGAUGAUGGGCUGUGUGGAAGAUCGGGCUUAUUUGAAGUUGUUCGGAAUGAAAUUUUAAAUAAAAUUCUCAAGCAUAAAAUGGUCAGUACUAGUCUGAUGGGCUUCUACAUGAGCCUUGAGUCAAGAUUCAAGCUGAUUAAUACCUACGAUGUCUCUGCCUAUAAUGGAAUUAUAAAGGAAGCUCUUGAAGAUCAAGCACAACUGCUUUCGGAUCAAUUUAAGGAUAGGGGAAGCUGUAGUCUUGUAUCAUACUGCAACCAACAGACCUUGUCCCCCAACUUAAGGGCAUUGGACUCUUAUGAGACAUGGAUCGCAAUUAAGUAUCCACUCCAACCAGAUCAGAGCAAUGAUUGUGGCUAUUACUUGAUAAGAUUUUUAAAGGACAUUAUCACCCAUGCCUUUACCACAUUACCUAACAAGUACUUCAAGGAUGCUUACUGUGUUUGA